AUGGAUCUGCCGCCUCCUGCCGUGCCCACAGAUGCCGAUGCAGUGGCGUCUCUGGAGAGAGGCUUUCAGAGCUUCAAGCGCAGGCCCAGCAGGUCACGAAGCCCGGCCAAGAGGAAAGAGCCCGCUGUUUGGCCAGAGGCGGUGCCGGACUUCUACGAGGAUGCUGUGGGCUUAAUCGGUGUGAAGGACAACCACGGUGCACUGCUCGAAGAGGCUUUCCCGGUAGACGUCGUGCCCCUGCCGCGGCGAUCGCUUCACGGCGCAGCUUCGUUGCGACGUCGGCGGUUUCGCCAUUGGGCGGCGCACGAGGCCGACGAUGCGCCGCCAAGACGCCGCUUCUUCCGCAAGGUUGCCAAAAGGCCCGAGCAGGAGUUUGUCACAUCGCCAGAUGCUUGGCAGGCUGCGGCCGCCGCAGCUGCACACCUUUCAACCUUCCAGGCAGAGUUGCCAGAGCCGGACUUCUUGCCAAUCAUGCCGACACCGGCGCAGCUACGUGCGCCUAGCUGGGGAACCGCUUGCAGAAAUGCGCGCCUUGCGGCCCUCCGAGAGCGCUGCCAGAAGUCGGAAGGUGAUGCAACGGCCUGGCUUGACUUCGCGGAGUUCCAGUGGUCGCAGGUGGGCGAAGAGUUAUCGGCUCCUCCUCGCCAGGUCAGAGAGAAGCAGCGGGCAGUGCUUGAGGCUGCCCUGACGAAGCAGCCUGGAGCUCCAGACGUGAGGCUGAUUCGUGCCCUGGCAGCUGCGGAGGCGGACGGAGCAGCUGCCUUGCCUGUGCAGGAUCUCCUGGCAGCCCGGCGCCAACGCCUUCUUCAGUGCAGCCAUGCUGAAGUUGCCGAGGAGCUGGUGUGGGGUUUCCUGGAGGCCUGCAUGAUGGGCGGCGCUGGCGGCAAGGACUUCUCCCUCUUGGAGGGUGCUCCAGUGUUGCGGGGUGCUCCGACGCCAGAGCGCAUGCCGGCGCCGGUGGAGACCGUGAGGAAGGCCGUGAUGGAAACAUUGACCUUUCUCGAAGUCAGGAAGGCAGCAGCCGGUCACGAUGGCCAGGCAGUGGCAGCUCUGGAAAGAGCAGAGCUGGCGGCCGUGAGUUGCAUGGCAUUCGCCGAGGCUACCUCGGGUCGGCCGUCAAAGGCGCUGGAGAUCUUGCGAGGUGUCGCCACCUUGGCGGUGUUCUUCCCCGGAGGUUUGCCGGGUCAAGGAGAGCAGGCCAUCUUCGCAUCCGUGUGGAAGUCGAAAUGCAGACUGGGCGCGCGCGGCGCCCUUCGUGCUUUGCAGGGCCUCGGGCUCUUCACGGGGAAGCUCCCGGAAGCCUUGGAGCCCCUGGCCGAGUUCUUGGACUCCAAAGAGGAUCCCAAGCCACAGCCGCUGAUGAAGCCGCGCGCCGGCCAUACUUGUGCACUGCUGCGCGUUGGUGGCGGUCGCCUGCGGAACUGGUGCGCCGACGAGCUCCAGCGUUUUAUGGGGCUUAGUGAUGCUGGAGUGCCCGAACCAGAGAUGGUCUUCGAGGAGCUGGAGCCGGUAUUGAUCCCCUUCCGCACUGAGGGUGCGCGCAAGGAGGCCGCGAUGCGAUUUCUGGACCUGCUUGGAGCACCGACGCUUGGCAGGCAUCCGAGCUCUUCCCGCUACGCGCAGGCCUUCCUGGAGGCCUUUGCGCCGUUGUCGCUGCAGCUGCAACCUCCGGAAGCCUCGCGGCAGAGUCGGGUGCCGCCCCUGGGCAUGCUCCCUGCCUGCUCCUGUCGCGAGGCGAUUUUAGCCCAUGCCGCCCUGCAGUGCACAGCUCAGUGGCCAAAGGAGCUGCUGUUGCUGGAGGCUCUGCUGCCAGCACUGCGCAGCCUGGCAGGCGACGAGAAUGAGGCGGUAAAACUGCCGCGCCGGGUGCUGCGAGCAUCCGACGACCCGAGGCUUUUCUUCGCCUAUGCUCAUGCGCUUUGGGAGCAAGGUCACAGAGGGCAAGCGCGAGAUGUCCUACUGAAGCUUUGUGCCACAUCGCCGAACACCGGCGUAGCUGACGCAAGGGUUGCGAUGGCGUGGUGGCGCCUGGAAUUGCUCGCCGGCGAGAUUCCUCGCGCAGCUCGCGUGGUGCUGGCGCUUGCAUUCGGCUGCUUCGACGAGGGGGUGCUCGCAGAUGCACCUCUCGAUGCGCGAGAGGGAGGCAUGCGCCGUCUACAGAGUAUCGGUCGAUUGCAGCAGCUGCUUCCGCGGAGUGGAAAGGGCGACGGCGGUGGCGCAGGAGGCUUGUUGGUCUCUUCGUACCAAUCCGUGGUGCUGGCGCUGUGCUCUUUACUGGCAGCCGCUUCUGCAAGGAAGGCUUUGGAUUGCCUGCUGAACGAGGUUCCUUGGGCUGCAGAUGGUUCGAGCCACGACCGCUUGUGUGCCCUCAGCAUGGAAGCAGGCCCUUCACGGCCUACUGUGGCCAGUCGUGAAGCUCACGAGGCGGCAUGUGGCUGGACUCUGGUCGGAGAAGGGGUGCUGGCGCUACUCCGUCGUCAGGCGGCCACCCCGCCAAGACUGCUGCUGGAGGCUGUGCGAAUUUGCCUUCGCUUGGAUCCUGGCAAUCUGUUUGCGCUGCGCGUCCUUUGCACUACUCGCCUCCGCCAGGGGCGUGUGUCCGCACUGCGGCGGGAGCUUGACGAAGCCCUGUGCCUGCACCGACCCAUGCCUUUGGGCGCCGGCGCUGGCCGUUGGUUCGAUUCUUUCCGGAUCGGCCUGGAGGCCGAGCUUAUGGUAGCUCCCGGCGGACAGCGCCCAGCGGCCCUUUGUGAGAAAGCUGCUGCGACAGCAGCAGUUUCUCCGGUGGGCAGCGGAGCGCUUUGGGGGCUCUAUGCCACCAGCCUGUUGGCCAAGCUGCAGGGGACCUCGUUCGACCGAGGUGUUGCCGAGGAGCUCUGGCGCUGCACGGUGCGUGCAGUCAGCCACGCACCGUUGUGCAAGGUACUAUGGCUUCUGCACUUAGCAGGCUGUGAGGCACGAGCCGGUGGCCCAGAGCCCACACCAGAUGAGGAGGAGGUGGUGGACCUUGUGGAGGCCCUCGAGUCGAAGCAAAUCUUCCUCCAGGGCGACCCCUUGGAAGCCAUUGCAUAG